AUGACGAUGGAAACAGACCCUCUCCAUCACCAAUUUUCUUCCCCAAGCUUCAGCAGUUACUCCUCCGACACUUUGGCUCAAAUAGCAACCAGAGUCAUCCACACAGACGACACACUUCUAGACUCCUCCCAACCAAACGACACUGUCAAUGAUAAUUUCGAAUUCGACUUCACUUUCCUUUCCACUGAUUCUGACACUGUCUCCGCCGACGACAUUUUCCACAACGGUCAGAUCACACCCACAUACCCACUCUUCGACCAAUCGUUGCUCAACGGCGUCGUUUUACGGUCUCAUGUUCUCCCUGAAACGGUACCUCGCCGUCGUCGUUUACCCCUGAAGAAACUCAUGGAAGACGACGGAAAAGGAAAAGAGCUCGACGGUGUGGCAGCGGGUUCGUACUGCGUGUGGACCCCACCUUGCAAAAAGAACAGCUCCACCGAGUCGGAGUCAAAGCGGUGGAAGUUCCGGGAUUUGUUGCUCAGGAGCCAUAGCGAUGGGAAGAAGGACUCACUUUUGUUUUUUACAUCAGGCGGAAAGCACAACUCCGCCGUUCAUGAUGUCGCCGGCGCGGCCAAGGACGGGUUCCGAUCGAAGAGGAAGUUAGGAAUUAGUUGGAUUAUUAAGUAG